AUGGAUCUGCUCCUAUCCCUGGUGCUGUGCACCCUGGUCGUGUGCUGUGGGGCUGUGUCCGAGCCCAUUUCGGUCCUCAAGCCCUCGCCUCUGCUUCCCCGGGGAUGCAAUGACUCUGAUGUGCUGUUAGUCGCAGGCUUUGCCCUGCAGGACAUCAACAAAGACAGAAAGGAUGGCUAUGUGCUGAGCCUCAACCGAGUGAACGAUGUCCGGGAACAGACACAGGAUGACCUAGGAUCUCUGUUCUAUCUCACACUGGAUGUGUUAGAAACUGGCUGCCAUGUGCUCAGCAAGAAGGCUUGGAAGGACUGUGGCGUGAGAAUAUUUCAUGAAUCGGUUAGUGGUCAAUGCAAAGCCAUGUUUUAUGUCAACAAGCCGAGUAGAGUUCUCUAUUUACCUGCUUAUAACUGUACUCUUCGUCCAGUUUCUCAAAAGAAGAUUCACAUGAUGUGCCCUGAUUGCCCAAGCCCCAUUGACACUGCAGAUCCUCAUGUUUUGGAAGCUGCCACUGAAUCUCUUGCAAAAUUCAACAAGGAGAGCACCUCAAAGCAGUAUUCUCUUGUCAAAGUCACCAGGGCUACCAUGCAGUGGGUGGUUGGCCCUGCUUUCUUUGUGGAAUACUUAGUCAAAGAGUCACCGUGUACCAAAUCCCAGGCCAGCAGCUGCUCACUUCAGUCCUCUGACUCUGUGCCCGUUGGUCUUUGCAAAGGUUCUCUAACCAAAACACGCAUGGAAAAGUUUGUCUCUGUGACUUGUGACUUCUUUGAAUCACAGGCUCCAGUCACUGGAAGUGAAAACUCUGGUGUUAACCAGAAACCUGCAAGCCUCCCCAACGUGGAAGAGCCACAGCAGAAAAACACAUCCCCUACUGACACCCCCUCCAAAACUGAGCCAAAAGGAUCUGUCCAAUACCUUCCCAAUUCGGAUAAUGAGAAUUCCCAAAAUUCCCAGGAUCAGGGCCCUCGCGAGUCCUUCCCUGUGCAGCUGGAUCUAACCACGAAUCCCCAAGGAGAAACACUGGAUGUCUCCUUCCUCUUCCUGGGGCCAAUGCAGAGGAAGCUGGUUGUCCUGCCUUUCCCCAAAGAGGAAGAUCGCUCAGCCGAGUGCCCGGGGCCAUCCCAGGAGACCAACCCUUUCGUCCCCCCUUCAUGA